CAAAAUUGAAAGUAAAAACAAAAUUGACAAAUUGAGAUUGACAAGUAGAGAAAAAGAAUGAUGAGAUCAUAAAGAGAGCGAGUCUUCCCUUUCCUCUCCGGCAAUUACGCUCAUCUCUAUUCAGAAAACCGGUCCUAUAUUUCUCAAGCUACACCUGUCCGCACCGCUGCAAAACCCUCAAAGCCGCACGUGACACCACACCUCACACACGCUUUGCCUCUCCCUCGUAAUUUCCCCUCUUAAUGCAGGGGCUUUUCCGGCAUUUCGUAUGCUUAAAGUAAUACGCCCGAUUUCGUUGCGCCAUCCUCGUCGAUUCAAUCUUGGCCGUUCGUCCUUAUCCCUAAAUCUGCAAUCUCGAAACCCUAGCUUCCUCUUUUCUAUUUCUACCAUUCCGAUAAAUUUUUAAACUUCCAUUUUCGCAUUCUCCCAAAUCCUUCUCCCUCCCUCCUUAUAUAUAUAUGUAUAUAUAUAUUCCUGGCAUUAGCCGGAGCUCUUUGCCGGAGGUUUUACUUUCUCUUUAAUUUUGUACAAAAUUUGAGGAAGAAGAUACGACACAAUACAGAGCUGUCCCAAUUCUUUUUCUUUUCUCUUUUCUUUUUGGGUUUUUGCCCUUCCCCUGUAUUCCUAUUCCAAGGUUUUGAAUCCGGGUUUUCAGAAUCAACCAAGGUGCCUGCGUUUGUGGGUUCUGAGUAUUCCAGCUCAAAUUUGUUUCCCUUGCCUUUUCUCCCCUUUUCCAUUCGGCCCUCUUUCUGUAAUAUGGAGAGGUUGUCGGCGGUGGCUUCGGCUGCUUCACUGCCUGAGAGGGCGACGAUUGCGGCGGCGCCAUGUGGGUUUGUGAGUUGGUAUGAGGUCUUCGUAUCGAGUGACAGAGGGAGAAGAGAGGUUCAUUAUUACUUGAAGAGCGGCGAUGGGGCCUCAGAUCUGGCCGUCGUGGGGAAAGAGAAGAGCUUGAGACACAUGUCUUAUCAUUAUGCUUUGCAGAAUCGGUUCCUUAAUUCUCUGGGGCUGUUUACCUCGCUCACAAAGCUCAAGUCUCGCAGGGAGGUCGUUGAAUGGUUAAGCUCUGUUGUUUCUGGCACACUUAUUCGAAUUUUAAAGGGCUGAUUGAAGCAUCGGAUACUUUUGGCCUCAUAAUUAUAGAUUCCCAACGUAAAACAUCACAACCAUCUGAUCGUAUGAUGGACACAGAAGGUGAAGAUGCUUGCCCGUCCAACAGUGGAUCUAAGAAGGAUGUUCAACAUAUAAAAUUGGGUCAAUAUACCAGAGAUUUUUCAUGGCUUGGAUGCCCUUGGACUUGUAAACGAAAGCGCAAACACUAUCCAUCGUUCAGCCGCAAUGGUGUUAAGAUCUCGGUUCAUGACUUUGUACAUGUCUUGGCUGAGGAAGGCAAGCGUCUUGUUGCAUACUUGGAGGAUAUGUAUGAGGACUCUAGAAGCAACAGGAUGGUUGUGGUACGAUGGUUUCACAAAAUUGAUGAGGUUGAUAUUGUUUUGCCCCGCAAUUUUAAUGACAGAGAGAUUUUCUUUUCUCUUUGUCUUCAAGAUCUCAGUAUUGAAUGCAUAGAUGGCUUGGCGACUGUUCUCAGUCCCCAUCAUUUUCAGAAGUUUCAGAACGAGGCAAAACAUACUAGAUUAGAGCCGUAUGUAUGUGAGAAGCAAUUUGAUAAUGAUGAUAUCAAAACGUUCGAUAUUACACAGGUCAAAGGCUACUGGAAGCAAGAAAUACUCAGAUACAUGUAUGCUCUUUCUUCAAAAGUGCAUGCCCACUCUCAGCAGUCAGAAGAUGACACAAGUGCUGAAAUGAGACCUAGAAAGAGACAUCGACGCUCAAGAAAUGAUGACUUGCAAAAUACUGAGAAGAGACAGCCCGGAAACACGGCUUCUUCUCUUGAAGUGCGCAUUUCAGGCAACAACUCUGUUGAUUUAAAGAACUGUGAUGUUGUUUUCAGUCCCAAAGGAGGUUGUGCUUCUAAAACUUUUAUAGGCAAGGAGAUGAACAAUUCUUCUUCAAGUCAGUUUGCUGUUGCAUCGGAGAUUGAAGUUCUCUCGCAAGAUAGUGGUAUUAGAGGGUGUUGGUUCCGAGCUUCCAUAAUAAAAAAACGUGGAGACAUGGUCAAGGUGCAAUAUCACAAUCUUCAGGAUGCUGAUGAUGAAUCUACCAAGCUUGUGGAAUGGCUUUCAACAUCAAAAGUUGCAGCUGCUGAUCAAUUGGGUCUGCGCAUCAAUGGAAGAUUGGUUAUUCGUCCACAUCCUAGUAAGGGUAGCAAUGCUCCCUUAAUUUACAACGUUGGGGCAGUUGUUGAUGUAUGGCGGCAUGAUGGUUGGUGGGAAGGAAUUAUAGUUCAGAAGGAAUCUGAUGACAAGUUCCGAAUUUACUUGCCAGGUGAAAAGCAAGAAUUGGUUCUUGGCUCAGACGAUUUGAGGCAUUCUCAAGAAUGGUUAGGAAACCGGUGGAUGCAUAUGCAAGAAAGGCCAGAUAUCGCAAUGUCAAUUGUGUCUCGCAUUUCAAAUGAUGGCCUUCCCGAUAAGGUGUCAACCAUGUCAAGCCAAGUUGCUCUUUGUGAGCGGAAACAACCUGGGGAAGGUGGAAGUCAACCAAGUGAACUUCGGUCUAACUAUGUUGUUGACAAGGCUAAAGAAUCAUGCACGGUUCCAGAUCUUUCCAAGGAUGGUUUGCUCACCAAAUUGCGGUGGACAGGUUCGAAGAAAAGAAGCCAACCCAGUAGCAGCAGUUCGGGUAAAUCCUUUCCUUCUCCAAUAGCUUCUUCCAGUCCUUGUGAAAGUAGUUUUAUGAUUCCAAGCUCAAUGAAAAUGGAUCAUGAUAACUGCAAGUACAUGGGGGAUUCUUUGUUCAAUUCAUCAGUUGUGCCACCUCUCUCAAGCUUGGUAAUGUCGAGAUGAUUUGAUUUUGGGGGUAGGAGCUGCUGUGGGAUUGUGCCUUUUUUUCUUUCCUUCUUUUUGAUCUUUUACUUUGUUAACAAGUUCAAUUGAUUCUAGUUUUAAUAUAGAGUUGUGCAUCUAUUGGAUGCUUUCCUUUGUAUUUUAUUUUAUUUUUUCACUUUUAGCUAACCGCUGCUUUUGUAAUUUGGUAGCUUAGAAUGUUAACCGUAGGGGAAUUCAGUCUUGUGUCCAAAUCUCUCUAUCUUAAUGCUAUUUUAUGUGUAUAUGAAAAUAUAACCUAAUGGCAUCGAAAAGCUCGUCCUUCCA